CAGGGGGCGGUGCGGAAAGCGGGGCCCGUAUGCGCGCGCGGUACUCAAGAUGUUUGUCUGCUUCCCGCUACCUGUACCGUGCACCGUGCCGAAUGUGGAACAUCAGCGGUGAUGGUGGUGGCGCUGGUUGCGGGAGGAAAAGUCGUGUGGAACAACCGGAGAACAGGGAGAAGCUGCAGCUAUUCAGCCUGGCUGGAAAUCGCGCAUCGCAAAGGAACCGGAUUGGUCGGUAGGCGUGCGAUACAGGGAGGAUACAGUCGAUUCCGAGGCCGAAGUACCACCACCAGCGCUCUCGUUACCCGUUGCCACCGGUUUCCGCCUCUCGCCCGUGCACACGUCUCGAAUGUGCACAAGUGCAGAAAAGGCGGAUACACACGACGGCGAACGCUGCACAGGUUUUGGUCCCGCGGGGUGCUGCCGCAAGUGGCGCUGGGUUUCGCUGGUACGCGUGUAUGUGUGUAGUGGUGCGCGGAUUUCAACGACGGUAUUCAUUCCGCCGUGCGCGUUUCGUUCGUGUGGUUCUUCUGGACGGAUUCGCUUGCGGUACAGCGCGAUUGGUGGGUAGCGACAGCACGAGAUAGCGCGCCCGGGCGAGUGUGUGCGUUCGAUGCCAGGCUGUUUUACUUUCUGUGCACCGGAUGUUGGCAGCCAUUCGGGUUUCGGUUGUGGUUCGAUUCCGAACGUGUGAAGCGGAGGAACACGGGCACGACAUUCGCAUAUCCGCACAUCCACACGCACAAUAGCUCAAUCGUGGCCGUCGUGGUCGCGGUCGUCUUUUCCCUUUGGGGUGCCGUCGUCACACCCGUGUAUUUGAAGGACAUAACGCAACGUAGCGCCGCCGCUACGCCAACCGCACACGGGUUUACGGAGCGUGUUCCGCGGGGUGUGUGAUUUUGCGCGCGCGUAUGUGUAUGUGUGUGCUUGUGUGUAGGAGUACGUGAUGGGGGAAACGUUGGACGUGCUGCUGCCACCGUAGCCGUUGCCACCGUGUGCCGUCUUUCAUACCCCCGACGGUAUCUAGGGAGAGGUUGAAACGUGUGUUGUGCGCGCGUAGCGCACCACAUCGCCUGCGGAGGGUGGGUUAUGUUAGAUUAGAUCGGAUUGAAAGUGUUGUGCUCCCAUCUUGCGUCACGGACUGCGCGACGGGUGUUUUGCGGUCCGGGAGUGUGUUCCGUGUGGGAUAGAGACAGAGCGAUCGCGAGAAAGCGAACGUACGAUACGCAGCAGUGUGGUAACGCGGUACGGACCGGAGCAUCGCGGGAAAGAGAGAGAGAGAGAGCGGGAGAGCGAGGGUGGGCGAGCCGGAGGUGGUGAAACGUGAACCGGAACGCGACGAGCAGCAGCUGCUGCAGGGCCUGUUCGCGAUGGAGCUAAAGGCGGAGAAAAAAGACCAUGACGACGAUGAAAACGGUGCACGACGACGGAGACAGCAUCAUCAGCAUCGUAGCACCACCGCUGCAGCUGCAUCUGCUACUGCGAUGGAUGUCGAUGCAGCACCAUCAGAACCAGCAGCACCGAAUGGCGGUAAUGGCGAUGAGCUUUCGGAUCAGGAGAUUGUGGAAGUUGGCAUUGAUGAGGAUCACAUCAAGUUUCUCACCAGCAUGCACUCGGGCGACGAGGAGCCGACGAGCAACGGGCACCGACCACCAUCGAUGGUGCCUCACCGAACCGUGACGAUUGGGGUCACCGGAAACGGGCGGCAAGUGCGGACAAACGUCGAUAGCGGUGUCAGCACGGGCGGAAAGUAUCGCCGUGCCGCCAUGUUCCACGUACCAGCCCAUCGGAAUGGUGCUUUGAACGGGUUGAAAGUGCACCAGCAGCAGCGCGGAAGCAACGGAGCACUACCAGCACCAACGCUUGCCGCCGCCGGGUACAGUGAGGAUGAGUCGGAUGACGACGGUGAGGAAGACGACGACGACGACGACGACGACGAUGACGAUGACGACGAUGAUGACGACGAAGAUGUGAUGGUCGUCGCCGCAAACAUCCUAUCGAAGACGGCACAGAGGUCAUCGUUGCUUGGCACCGGGCGGACGUACCAGUGCGACGUGUGUCCACGGAUAUUCCAUCGGCCGGACCAUCUGCGUUACCAUAUGCGUAUCCACGAGAAGAACAACCCGUUCGAGUGCAAGCUUUGCUUUAGUGUGUUCGCGUCCGAUCCUGCCUUCGCGCACCACAUUCGCACCGAGCACGCCGGGAUGGGGCUAGCGGAUGCGUUACCGCCCGUACCCGAGACGGAGGCGAACUUUUUCGCCUGCACCUACUGCGACAAAUCGUUCAAGGAUGCGGUUGAGCUGGAAGAGCAUCUGCAUCAGCAGCAUCUCGGCGAGCGGCCGUACAAGUGUAACAUGUGCCCGAAAGCGUUCAUCCGGAUGGAUUUCCUGCAGUGUCACUACCAAAAGUACCACAGCUUUCACCCGAUGGACGAGGAGGAGGAGGAGGAGGAGGACGGUGAGGAGGAGACGCACCAUUUGCCGAUGGAUCAGCAUCUACAGCAGCAUCCGCCGCACUCGCAGUGGGCAGAAAGUAGAGCAAAACGGCCACGGUUGAUGGUGCGCAAGAUAGAGGAUUUGGUGGACGAUCGAAUGAUGAAGGGUGGUAGAAUUGGUGGUGUUUCGAGGCGUACGUCACACACCGGCACCGGAACAAGCAUUUCGAGCGACGAUCAUCGCGAGGACGGGGAUGAUGAUGAGGAUGGGGAUGACGAGGGCACGGGAGCGGAAAGUAGCGAUCAGCAUGGCAGAUUUCUCCAGCGCAAGGAUGGUUUGGUCGGUCGCUACGUUCCGCCAAAGCUGAGCGGUAUACACAGCCGGUUUCUGGUGGCAAUGGAAGAGCAGCAUUCGAAAAAGUUGGCGGAAGAAAGUAUUAAGCAUCGGUGUCCGGUUUGUGACCGAGGGUUCGCUCAUGAACCGGAUUUGAUGGCGCACGUGCGCACCCAUCCCGACUUACCCACCUUCAAGUGUCCGCUGUGUGAGCUAACUUUUAUCGGAUCGGAUUUUUUGAAGAACCACCUCAAGAAGCAUGUAAUCGGUAAUGGGGAAGAUCCGGAUGCACCCGGAGCGAUUGAUCUGAAUGCCGCUCCGCCCUCGGAACCAGCGCCCGGUGUCGGCGGAGGCUCGACGGAUCCAGUACGAGCUUCACUGUCUCCCGCUGUUGGGCUGCCGGCCACGGUCAAGCUUCCCAAGCCGAUCAUUACAUCGAAACCACCUUCCACGGGCAUAUCGUUGCUAAAGCCGAUCGAAGAACGGAAACCUCCGGACCAUCAGCAAGAGUAUUGCGUGAAGACGGCCGACGGGAAGUUUAUGUGUACGGUUUGUGAGCGUCUCUUCUCGCACCAGCAAACCGUGCGCAUCCACUUCCGAAACCACACGAACGAAAAACCGUACAAAUGCACGUUUUGUGAAGAAUCCUACAUUCGGUCGGACUAUCUCGAGCGUCAUCUGAAGGUGCACUUCAAGGAUGGCAUGCUGCCGGCGGUGGCGAUUGCCAGUAUGGCGGCUGCAGCCGCAGCCGUCGCGACUGGUGGAAGCCGGUCGGCUACUUCAUCGCCGCCCCUUACGAUUAAGGAGGACUCACUAGCUGAAAGCCCGGCAGCACCGGUAGCAGGAACGGCCGCGCCUAUCGCAACUGGUGGCGGUUCCACCGGCAAGCCACUGAUCGGUCGGGCAGGUUUGGCACCGGAAAAUUAUCACUUUACCGAAUCGAACGAUGGCCAGUUUGUGUGUAAGAUCUGCGAUGCCGUGUUUAAUCAGGUGGCUUUACUGCGCAAACAUGCCCUGGCGCACACGGAAGAAAAACCGUUCCACUGUGACAUUUGCGACCGGUCGUUUAAUCGGGUCGACUACCUGAAGGAACACUUUAAGUCGAAGAGGCAUUUGCAGCUGGUGGCAGAAGCUGCUGCCGGUGGAGACAGUUUGCCAGCGCCAAUCGGCAGCGGACGUGCGGACGAGGAAGAGGAUGAUUCCACGAUGGAGGAAGGAAUUACGUCGACCAAGCGUUCGAAAAUGGUGGAGAGCAAAUACAAUGCAAAACAAGCGUCCAUUGAGGAGGUUGGCCAUGCGGCGAUGACUAAUGGCGAGGGGGCGCGUUCGGUGGACGUGAAGGGAAACGUUAGCAGUAACAGCAGUAGCAGCAGUAGUAGCGGUAGCAGCAGCAGCCGGAGUAGCAGUAGCAGUCGCAGCAGCAGUAUCAAUAGCAACAGGAACAACACCUCCGUUACGUCCAAUCCGAGCCCGGUGAAGCAGAGGGAGGUCGGUGAGACGCGAUCGGUGUUGGGCGAGUUUCAUCGAUCGGAUUACGAGCGCACCAGCGACGGGCGGUACAAAUGUAACCAGUGCGAUAAAACGUUCGUGACGGCCGUCACGCUCAAGAUGCACAUCCGGUUGCAUACGGGCGAAAAGCCUUACAAGUGUGACAAGUGUGAUAAGGCGUUCAUACGCUCGGAUUACCUGAAAACGCACGAAAAGUGUCACCGGCAGGAAUCGUUCCUAAGCAUGCUAUCGCUCAAGACGUCCAAGGAACCGAGUACGGCCUCGGAAGCGGGUGACUCAGAUGCGGAUGGUGAGCCGGGCGAGGGACAGCGCCACCAUCGGGGAGGGUCUGCAGUUAAUGGAGGAAGCGAGACUGCUGGUGGACAGCCCACCAAAGUGGAGAUAAAAGAUGAGGACACCGAAGGGGAGGAGGACGGGGUGGAGGAGGAGGAGGACGAGGAAGAAGAAGACGGAGAGGAGGAAGCGGAAUCAGAGGAGAGUGAGGAUGAACAGGUAAUUGAAGUUAUGGUGAAGGAAGAGAGCUGCUCCGAUAGUGAAGAGGACGACGAAGAUGGCGAGAAUGAAGAGGAAGACGAGGAAGAGGAUGAAAAUAAUGAAGAUGGCGAGGAUGCAGGGCAGCAUUCGCCGUUCGAUGCGGCCAACAACAGUACAAACCGAAUCGCACCCAGCACAAUGAUCGCGUCGCAACAUCCGCGAAAGGAAAAGGGAUCGAGCGGGAAGCGACGAAACCGACCGAAACACUCCGUCUCGUCUAAUCGAGCUUUCGCGUCGGCGGCGGCUGCAGCGGCCACUAGCGGCGGAGACAGUAGCAACAAUGGAUUCGAUCACGAGGACGAUAGUACAUCGCAAACGAGCGGGCAGCAGUACGGUAGUGGUGCCGGCGAGUUUAUGUCCAACGGCCAGAAGGGCAAACACCGGUGUCCGAUGUGCGAUAAGCUGUUCGCUUGGCCAAAGUCGCUGAAAAUCCACCUUCGGACGCAUACGGGCGAGAAACCGUAUCGGUGCGAUGUGUGUGGCAAAUGCUUUGGGCGGUCGGAUAGCUUGCGAGGCCACAAGCGAACGCACACGGACGAUAAGCUAAUACAGUGCCAUUUGUGCGACGUUAGCUGUACGACGGCGACCGAGCUGGUCCAGCAUCAGUAUGCGGCACACGGUUUGCAGCCGUUGGAAAGUUAGGAGGAACCCGGUGGGGCAAAGGUUUGGUGGCCUCAAAAUCAACGCCAAGCAAGCGUUCUCCCGCUUCAAGCUGAGUCACAAUUUUAAUCGAAGGUAAGCGGAAGGAUACGACGGACGAAAUGUGGUCGAGAAUUUCUUCUUCGCCCGUGCGGGGAGAGAUCGGAUCGAAUCAAAUUCCACCGGAACACGUGUAACGUGUUCGGCAGCCUUUUGGUUUAAUGAGGUGUAAAUAAAUACAUUAAGUAACGUAUAUGUACUUACAUUUUAGUACCCGACACACGUAAACACGCAUAUAAGCUGCAGAUAAGAGUGUACAGCUGUAAUAAAACAACAUUUCGACACAAUUUAA